UAGAAGAGGUGCGGCGUGUGAGCGUGAGAAGAGAGUCAAUACGUGUAGUGCUAGGGCAAAAAACACAACGUACACCCAGGGGCCCACGACCGAGUUUGGGAAACCCUCAAUUUGAGCUAUGGUCUAAUGAACACCAGAAAGGCAGGAUGUGUGUAAAGGCCCUAUACAUCGAAAUGGUACUGGGCCAAUUUUGUGAUGUAACACGUGACAUUUCGGAUGGGCUGGGUUAAAACCAAAUGAAUUGAGAAAAAUGGCCGAGAAGAAUAAAGUUAAGAGUGAGGAGACCUUUGAAGUCAUGGACGUAGUAGAGUAUGCCAAGAAACAGAGAUGGUGGAACAAAAUAUUUGGCGAGAACUCUGGGCCCGUAGCAGAGAAGUAUAAUGUUGCCACCCAGCUUGCCAUUGGUGGAGUGUCUGGCUGGUGUGCAGGGUAUUUGUUCCAGAAAGUUGGGAAGCUGGCAGCUUCGGCAGUGGGUGGAGGCUUCUUUUUCCUUCAGAUUGCCAAUCACACAGGAUACAUCAAAGUGGACUGGAAGAGGGUGGAGCGUGAUGUAAACAAUGCCAAAAAGCAGCUGAAGUUGAAUGCAGAAAAGCCCACUAAGGAAGUCAGAACAAAAGUGGAUGAGGUGCAGACAUUUGUGAAGAAGAAUAUUAUCCUCACAGGAGGUUUUGCUGGGGGAUUUCUGCUGGGCCUGGCCUCUUAAGAGCCUCUCAUUUCGGUCUUUACUUAAUGUUUGUCUCAUACAAGGCUGAAAACAGCUUAAACCUAAGCAGCUAUCUAGAUAUGUAAGUAGACUAUAUUGAUAUCAUAUGUCAAGCUAAUUCAUAGGCUUGAUGUGUUUUUGGGCUUUUGGGCAUGUGUCAAUUUGAAAACAACCGUUUAGAUACUAUGUCUGUGGUUAAAGUUUAUGCAUGGUCUGUGCACAUAUGGCAGGAGCAUUGGCUUUAAUUUUUCUAUGGGUUGUUUUGGUGUGGUACUUAUUUGAGAGAUUAUUCAGAUUCACUUCAAUAGUUUUAUCUGUAUGCAUUCAGAUGGAACUCAGGGUUCUCCCCAGGAUUUUUUAAAACAAGGUGUUUCUGCUGAGUAUGGCUGGGGGGUGGCCCGAUGUGGUGUAGUGGACUCAGUUUUUUUUAUUUUAUAAUAAAACAUUUUUACACCUGUAACUGCCAUUUCCUGCAAUCUAGAGAAAAAAUGGCCUAUGAUACAUAAAGUGGCGCAGCGCCUCUUAAAUUCUAUGGAGAGGACCCUGAAACUGGAGCAAUGCACUUUAACGUGUUUUCCCUAAUGUGGGAUUUGUUUUGUAAUAUCCUGCAUUUUCUAAGUUAAGAUCAACAAGGUUGUUAUGUGUUUAAAUGUUACUUCAGACCAAAGGGUUUGAGUUAAAAGCAUCUACAUGUAUGAGUAAAUACUGUAUGACAGGACUAGGAGGCCACAGUAACUCAAGUUUGAAUGGUAUUUGAAGUUAGUCUUACCUGAAAAUCAGUGACAUUUCAAAGUAUAACUCAAAGAAAAUCAUGUAUGCAUAUUAACCGUCCCCAAUAGUAUUGACUUAUUUACCAGUACAGGAGGUUGCAUGUGAAGUAUUUAUUUGAGAUCAAGUAGUGAGAAGGCAAGACUGGACUUUUGAUUUUGCUUUCUAAUUCCCUGCUUAAGAGUGAGGCGUGUCAUGUGUGUAAGUACAGGUUGUGUGCAUUAUCAAAAGCUAGGGUGUAUUCAUUAUUUGGAUUCUGUUGUAAAAUGUAGUGCAACGAAACCUGUUUACUCCAAACGUACAUUUUUUUGCAAUGAAAACUAUUAAAAAAAAAACAAAUUCAGGUAGGUUCUGUUUGCUUCCUCGUGUAAAUGUUUUUUGUUGCAAAGCUUUUUGCAACAGACCAAACAUUUCACAACAGACUAAUGAAUACACCCCUGCCUAACAGCAUACAAGGCUCGUGUUUCACAAAUGACUAUGGACAAUUAUGAAUGUAAUACAUGGAAGAUAUCAAUAGUCCUUUGUAUGGAACAUAUGGGAUGACAAAUACACUGAUAUAAAUUAGUUUGCUCUAA